ACGGGAGCGCGCUUGUCACACUGUUACUACCAACAGUCCGAGUUCGGAAGUCUCCGUGGAUAGGAAGAAGGGCAGCAAUUUCACUAAGGGAGUCGAGAUUAAAGCUGCUAUUAUUUUAAGGUCUAAUAUUUUAAGAAGGAAAAGACCUAUUGUGUUUUUUUUGUCGGCUACAACGAAUAUUAGACAGACCUAACUCUGGAAUAUGGACUAAACGCGCCGGGUGCGAGCAGAUGGAAGCCGCGAGAAGUUUGGUGUUUAUCGGAGCCGUUCUGCUCGGAGUGCCGGGCGUUUUGGGCGGAGAAGUCUGCCGGGGCACGGACAUGAAGCUGGCCCUGCCCUCCAGCCUGGAAAAUCACUACAACACCCUGAAGCUCCUGUACACCGACUGCCAAGUUGUCCAUGGCAACCUAGAGAUUACACACCUCCAUGGAAACCCUGACCUCUCCUUCCUGCAGGGGAUUAUAGAGGUGCAGGGUUAUGUCCUCGUUGCUAAUGUCUCAGUGAGUCUUGUGCCUUUGGACAACCUUCGGAUCAUAAGAGGCAGCCAGCUGUUCGACUCCCAAUAUGCAAUUGCUGUCCUGAAUAACACUCAGGGAAAUCGGGGGCUGAGGACCCUCCGUCUCCGCAGCCUAACGGAGAUCCUGCAGGGUGGGAUUAACAUUUGGCAGAACCCCUACCUGUGCUUCCCCGACCCCCGGAGUAUAGAUUGGAGCGACAUACUGGAUAAGCAGAGCAACCAAUCCAAAAUCCCCAAACUGCAGCCGCGGGCCCCUAACUGUCCAAGCUGCUCCUCUGCAUGUGCGAAAGGUUGCUGGGGAGAAACGUCGCAAGAUUGCCAAACGUUGACGGGAAAUUGCGCGUCUGGCUGUCAGCGAUGUAAAGGCCCUCUGACCAGUGACUGCUGCCACAAGCAGUGUGCUGCCGGCUGCACCGGACCCAGAGACUCGGACUGUCUGGCAUGUCGUCACUUCAACGACAGUGGUGUGUGCAAGGAGAACUGUCCCGAGCCCACCAUCUACGAUCCCAACAACUACCAGGCCAAGCCCAACGCAAACAAAAAGUUCUACUUCGGAGCCUUCUGCGUCAAGACGUGUCCCAAUAACUACCUGGCUAUGGAAGUGGCCUGCAUUUUAUAUUGUUCACAAUCCAACCAGGAAGUGAUCACCAUCAAUCCUGAUGGAACGGAGACUCAGAAGUGUGAAAAGUGUGAAGGAAAUUGUCCAAACGUGUGCUAUGGUCUGGGUAUGGACAACAACGGUGUCAUCGACAACCAUGGAAUCACCGUGGUAACAUCCGCUAACGUGAAGCAAUUCAGCAACUGCAAGAAGAUUUUUGGAAGUCUUGCGUUCCGCGCCCAGAGCUUUGAGAGGGAUCCUGUAACCAACGCAUCCGGCCUCACUGUGGAGCAGCUCCAAACUUUCAAGAACUUGGAGGAGAUUGCAGGUUAUCUGUACAUUGAUGCAUGGCCUGAGGAGCUGAGUAACCUGAAUGUCUUUGAGAACCUGCGUGUGAUCAGAGGCAGGAUGCUUUACAUGGGUGUGUUUUCACUGGCCAUCCAAAGCCUAAACAUCGAGUCUCUUGGGCUACGUUCACUGCGCAGCGUCAGCGGGGGUCUGGUUAUGGUAUACAACAACUCACAGUUGUGUUAUGUUGAUGAUGGGCUCUUGAAGAAUCUGUCCCAUCACGGUGAGGGGUCCAAAAUCAUCAUAAGCAACACCAAGCAACCCCAAGUCUGUGAGUCGGAGGGGCAUGUCUGCCACUCGUUGUGUAAAGGAGGCUGUUGGGGCCCGGGGCCCAGACAGUGUCUGUCCUGCAUGUUUCUCCGGCGUGGAACUGAAUGUGUGGAGCACUGUAACAUCAAUGAUGGGCCUGUGCGUGAAUUUGAACACAACUCUGUGUGCACCCCCUGUCACGAGGAGUGCCGACCUCUCAACGGCACCGCCUCCUGCAAGGGUCCGGGUCCGGAGGACUGUACGGAGUGUCGACACUUCCGGGACGGAAAGGUUUGUGUGGAGCAGUGUCCGAGUGGUGUGAAGGAGGAACAUCAGACCAUAUGGAAAUACAGCAACGCUACCGGCCACUGUCUGCCAUGCAACACUAACUGCACCCUCUCUUUCAGCUGCUCAGUGAAGGAUGAGCGGGGCUGCCCUAUUGACACCAGGACAGGACCUGGCACUACUAUAGCAGCAGCAGUGGGUGGAGUGGUCCUCUUCUUCAUCCUUCUGGCUCUCCUGGUUUUCUAUCUGAGGCGACAGAGUAAACUGAAAAGGAAGGAGACGGUGAGGAGGUACCUGCAGGAGCAGGAGCUAGUAGAGCCUUUGACUCCCAGUGGCGCAUCUCCUAACCAAGCCCAGAUGCGCAUCCUGAAGGAGACCGAGCUGAAGAAGCUGAGGGUUCUGGGUGCAGGGGCCUUCGGCACCGUCCACAAGGGCGUUUGGACUCCUGAAGGGGAAACUGUUAAAAUACCUGUAGCUAUUAAGGUGUUGCGGGAGAACACCUCUCCAAAGGCCAACAAAGAAAUCCUGGAUGAGGCCUAUGUGAUGGCGGGGGUCACCAGCCCCUACGUCUGUCGCCUUCUGGGAAUUUGUCUGACCUCCACCGUGCAGCUGGUCACUCAGCUGAUGCCGUACGGCUGUCUCCUGGAUUACGUCCGGGAGAACAAGGACUGCAUCGGUUCGCAGUUUCUCCUGAACUGGUGUGUCCAGAUCGCUAAGGGCAUGAGUUACCUGGAGGACAUCCGGUUGGUCCACAGAGAUCUGGCCGCCCGCAACGUUCUGGUAAAGAACCCGAACCACGUGAAGAUCACGGACUUUGGUCUGGCCCGUCUGCUCGAUAUAGACGAGACCGAGUAUCAUGCUGAUGGAGGGAAGGUACCCAUUAAAUGGAUGGCUUUGGAGUCAAUAAUGCACAGAAGGUUCACUCAUCAGAGCGACGUGUGGAGCUACGGAGUGACUGUUUGGGAGCUAAUGACCUUUGGAUCAAAGCCUUAUGACACGAUCCCAGCAAGGAAAAUUCCUGAUGUCCUCGAGGGGGGAGAGCGUCUUCCUCAGCCCCCCAUCUGCACCAUCGACGUCUACAUGAUAAUGGUCAAAUGUUGGAUGAUCGAUCCGGACAGCAGGCCCAAGUUCAAAGAACUGGUCCAGGAGUUUACCGCCAUGGCUAGAGAUCCACCUCGCUAUUUAGUCAUUAAGAACGACGAACACAUGAGCACCAGCAAUCCAGUGGACAGCCGCUUUUAUAGGAUGCUUCUGGAGGAGGGGGAUAACAUGGGGGAAAUGAUGGACGCGGAGGAUUACCUGGUGCCCCAGCCAAACCUCUUCCCACGCACGAACGGAGACGAGCAUCAGGCCAACGGGCCGUCCAGGCGCCAGUCACACAGGCAAAGCAGAGAUCAUGAUUUAGAGGCGGAAACCUCGCUGACCGUUGGUCCUCAGAGUAUGUACUCCUCGGCGGGAACGCUCAUCCGCAGCCAGUAUCCUGCCUCGCAGGUGGGCACCAGCGCCACAAACGGCGCAUGGCCGCCGUACCCUGUUCUGGCCCGCAGCACGUCAGCAGGGGGCCAGUCGGACUCUGUUUUCCUGGACGCGGUUCCGGACGGCCUCGCCGUUUCCCCGCUCUCCCCGGGGCGCUACUGCAAAGAUCCCACCCAUCCCAGCGAAGGCCAGGACCUGGAAAUUGGCGGGCUAAACGGUUUUCAGCCCCACCCCCAUCACACACUGCCCAGGCGGACUCGUAUCAAUAAUCCCAACUGCGCUCCGCCAGAAUAUGUGAAUCAGGACGUUCCGGAUUUUAAGCCGGGGAUUUCCGAGCGACCCACCACACUUCCACGCAAAGGCCGCAAAGCAGACAGACUCUUGCCUAACGGUCUGAGCUCUGGCCACAGUGUGGAGAACCCCGGCUACCUGGUUCCUGUCAGUUCUCCCGCCUUUGAUAAUCCAUACUACCUGGACCUGGAGUCCAAAUCUGACCCUGAAGCUGGGGUGGCAGAUGCCAGUCCCACGCUUGAAAGCAAUGGCAGAGUUCCCAAGCAAGUCAACGGGUUUGUGACUCCCACUGCAGAAAAUCCCGAGUAUCUUGGACUAACAGACACCUGGAGUGGACAUACUUGAGAGGAAGGACUGGAGAAAGGAAGAUGAACAUUUUGUGACAGAAAUGAGCCAGAUUUGUGUAAAACUGAAACAGAAUGGGCUCAUUGUUGCCAAACAGAAGAACCAGAGUCCAAACCAUUGAAGGCUUUCCUUCAAAAGUCAUCACUGACUCAACACAAUGUAGCAUUAAUAGUGUCUGUGGCACUAUGUAUUCCUGUCACUCUUUCAAACAAGCAGUGCCAAAAAGCAGUUUACGUCUUGUGUAAAUGACUCCACAAACGAGGCUUUUGUGAAAAUAUAAGAAGCGUCUGAUUACUAUAGAAUCAACAGAUUCUUGCAUUCAGGUUUUUUAUUUUUUUUUAUUUAGUCUUUAUUCUGUUCUGUUGCAGUUUGAAAAAACAUGUCCACUUUGUCAAAGUGAACCAUCGUGUGCAUUCAGGCAGAUAUUUUGUAUUCUGGUCACUUUCUCCCAGACCUUACGGGGGUCUUCAAAACUGUCAAGGCCAAAUUGUUUUAAACAGAGAAAGGCCCUGCUGCCCAUCUGGGCUAUGAACACACAACCGUCGCAGAAGAAAAGGCCUUCGACUGUCUAUGUCCACACCUGCAGCCAUUUUUUGGUACAUGAAAUCAAUUGAGAUAAAUUUGCAGAUUUUAUAAGCAGCAUCUUUGUGUCAAAUGUGAUUCAAAGGAGACAAAAGCAUCACACCGCUCUGUUCAGAUGAUCAAUGCAAAGAAUCCAGGGAUCCCAGUUAAUAAUCAACGGUUCCUUGACGUCUCUUUCAUGUGUGAGGCUGGGGAAUGUUCAAUGGAGCCAUUGUCCGACCUCUGUGAACUCUUCUCACUGGCGUUUCCCUGAUAAUGAAAGCAGCACAGAGCUGUCUGGGGGUUUCAAACCCACAGAUAAUCCAGACAAACACUACAGAGUGUGAACCUUGUAAACUUCUGUGCGUCAGAAGUCAAAAACGCAAAUGAAAAUGUGCUCAAAUUCCUCUCAUGUCUGUUUGAUAAACAUCUUUUCUCGAUGUUUUUAUACGGGUUUUAGACAUUUAUGUUCCACAAAAGCAAUCUUUAAAUAUAUAUAUAUAUAUAUAUAUAUAUAUAUAUAUAUAUAUAUAUAUAUAUAUAUAUAUAUAUAUAUAUAUAUAUCUAUAUCUUAAAUAUAAACAUCAAAAGUGUUGUUUGUUUGGUUCAAGCAGGAUUUUAUUUGUAAAAAUUUACUUUGUAACUUGUAAUAUUAUUUGAGAUUUUUUUAAGGGUUUCAUUUUAAUGUACAGGCAACAAACUCCCACUUGAACAGAUUUCUAAUUUAAUUUAAAAUAUGAUAAUGUGGCAUUUUGUCUUUUAUUUGUCCAUUCCACAUAAAGGAAGUACCACUCCUUGGCCAAACUGACAAUUAUUAAGGGAAUCUCACAAAGUCUUGUAAUGAGAAGAUGAUCAUUUCCAGAUAUUGUGAAAUCAUGGAUUAUACUCUGACCUAACCAAACAUCCUCUUCUGAGCGGUCUUUGUUCUCCGUGUUCAAAAUGUAAACUUUUGAACUCUCAGUUUUGCUGAAAGUCCUGUUGUAUUCUAAAUAGUUCCUAAAGUCAGUAAGAAAGAGAAUAUUUUUAUAAAAGUAUUGGGAGAACUGCAAACGCUUUUGUAAAAUAAAAUCCGUCAUCUGCAAGUUGAAGAAAACACUUUUUUGUAUUUUCACUGUUUUUUUUAUUAGUUUCUCUGGUUUGGGGAAUUUGUACAUAUUGCUUCUUUUUGGUAUGUGUUGAUUGUGUAAAUGUACAGAAUAUACGUGAAAACAAUAAAUGUGGUAAAUAAUUA